ACAGAGAUGGGCCGGUUUUGAUAUUAAAGAUGUCGCCGUCUUCUUUCCUUUGGGGUCUGGAGAUGUUUGUGUCAUCAUCCUUUACCUUCUCAACUAUAUUGUUUCUUGGGGUGUUCUCGAGAUUCCCUUGUCUUCUGUUGAAUACUACUUUGGUUGGAAUUCCUAGAUAUCAUUCGAGAUUUUCGCAGCUUGAAGCGCGCUGUCCACUUCACCCUUUUUAUUAUAUCAUUCCUUGAGCUUCAGUUCUUGCCUGCCUUGUGGCACUUCUCUUUUCCUUUUUUCAUUCUUGAAAGAGAAUAUUCAUCACCAUGGAGGGAGCAUACUCUUUCAAGCCAGGAGGUCCGCGACCUGCAGCCCGGCCGCUUUCCAGGGUCCUCCGUGUUAUAACUGUGCUUUGCACCAUCUUUACAUUCCUCGCCGUCUUGUUGAUCUUUGUCUCGGGCACUUCUACUCGUGAGGAAAACAACAAGAUUCUGAUCAACAUGUCUGAGCUAUCUCUGGUUGAGUUCAGCGGCAUCAUCACCAAGAGCGGCGGAAACGGCACCGAUGCUUAUGCGGUCAAGAUGUACCAUUUCCCGGCCGGUUUUGGCUGGGAGUAUGCAAACGCAACCAAGAAGGAGCAGACUGGUGGCUUGAUAUACACCGGCGCAGACGACCUCAAGGUACCGGGUGAUUUCCGCAGGGUUGCCGAGAAGCUCGGUCUGCCCAACUCGGACUAUCAGUGCCUCGGCCGUAGCACCGUCGAAUGCACCAACCCCUUCUUCCAGGCUUGGAGGUACAAGGACGGCAACGACCAGUACUCAACCACCGUGCACUGGAUCUUCUGCUUCAUGGUCUUCCUGACCAUCUUCAUCACGCUCGUCAAGGAGCUCUUCAUCAGCUGCGCCAAGAGCACCAUGGGCUGCCACUGUCCCAUUGGCAAGUCGCUCUGCCCGGCUCCCAAGUGCUCCCGCGACCGCCUCAACUACCUGGCGCCCUCGGUCUGGGACAGCUACCGUUGCUACUGGUACACCUUCUCGGCCAGCAUGACCAUCGCCUGCGGCAUCACCUUGACCAUCCGCUCCCACUUCCUGGCCAAGGACCUCAGGGACCGCAAGAUCGCCUCUGCCCAGAUUGGACGCGGCUUCCUCAUCAUCAUGUGGGGUGCCGCCAUCGUCAUGACCAUCGGCGCGCUGCUCAUGUACAUCAGCAGGGCCCUCAACAGGCGUGCCGAGCGCGGCCUGACCUUCCCCUCGCCCGACAAGAGCCCUGCCUUUGCCCCCGUCACGCAGUUCCAGCCCGCCCAUGGCUACCCGCCGCAGCCGCAGGUCCAGACCGUCCAGCAGCCUGUGUACACCCACCAGCCCCAAUGGAAGCAGACGCCUCAGGUGAACGUCCAGUAGGCGUCUCGUAGCAGCUUCAAUAAGCCCCCUAUUUGCAAUUAACUUCUUUGUUCAAGAGAAGUGCGCAACUCGAGGAGAGCCCCGAAUUUGCAGAGGUUCGGCGACUUUUGCAGCAAUCGCCAGAUCUUCUCUUCAUCCUUGACCUGUUUGGCGUUUUGUUGCUUUCUAUUGCAGAAGUUCCUAGGUUGCGCUCAAGGUUGACUCUUUCGUUUGGCGUUAUAGAAUGUUUGGAGAGCGUUGAGUUGUUUGUUGCAGUUUUUGGCCUGGAUGGCGUUUCGCGAUCAUUCUCUAUACCCAACCGGCGGUGCUUUCGUUUUUGUAGCUUUGGUUUAAACAAUUCAAUUGUCGUUUUCAGUGCA